AAAAAAAUAAUAGCAAUCAUGACAAUAACAUCUUAAUUAAUAUCUUUUAAUUAGAAAUAACUUACGCAGUGCUUACUAAAAUAAUUUAUUAGUUCUUUUGCACGUUUGUUGAGAUGUUCCAGUGCUUCACACGCAUAUCUUACCCCAUUCAAAUUUUUAUUAAUAUCUUGCCAUUCAAUUAUUUUUUUCUUCAAUGUGCCACUUUCGCACCAAUUUACUUUCAAGUAAAAAUAAUCAAGUCCAAAUAUAAUAUUUUCAAUUUGCAAUCUAUUUUCAUGUUUUUCUUGAUCCACGGGAAUUCCGUUUGCCCAAAUAAAUUCGAGAAAUGGUUCUCCUUCAUUAGGAAGUUUACCUUCAUAAAUUGGAUCUGAUCCUAAUUUGAAUCGAUGCCAAAUUUGCACAGUCGACCUACCAACUAUAAGUUGUAAAGUUUCAUUCUCAUU